GGCACCACGGGAUCGUGGCGGGCUGGCGCUGCGCAUUGUGGGAGUGCGAGGCCCACUCACCCGUUGGAGCAGCGGUUGGAGCCUGACAAAAAUUCUUGGAGAAAUUACAUCUCUAUAGUUUAUGAAAUCGGCCAACUUUUUGACCAAAUUAGACAGUGAAACAACCUGUUAGACCUGCCCACGAAAGAACCUAGUCUGCUUUUACCGUAAUUGGAACAUACACUUGUGCCAAAAUGGCAAGUUUUGGCAGAGGCAAUCAAAUGCGUGCUAAGAGGAAGAGUCGUUUUCAUGAUGCAGAAGGUGGAGGUCAUGCUGCAGGUCCGUCUUUGAACAUCCAAGCAGCUCUUGGGACAUUGUGCCAGAAUCCACACUUGGCUGGCUUAAUAAAUUCUGGACAGGGUCAGAACUAUGGCCCGCAGGGUGUGGGACCAGGUCAGAACUUUGGUCCACAAAGUGCUGGUCAGGGUCAGAAUUUUGGCCUGCAAGGUGUAGGACAAAGAGUUAAAGGUUUGAUUUCUUCAGCUGGUGGGCCCUCACGAUACACCGAUACUGCUAGCAAUAGUUUGCCUUCUUUGUUUGGAGUUAGAAAUCAGAAUCAACAAUCUCACGCUCAUCAGAAGCAAAUUGAUGCAGACAGGGCAAGUAACAUUUUAGCUGCAUUUGGUCUUUCAUCCAGGGAUUUGGAUGAAUUGAGCCACUAUCCUGAAGACAAACUUACACCUGAAUCCUUGCCAGAAAUUCUUAUGGAGAUUAAAAGAAGAAGGGCUAAUGAAGGAGCAUCUUCAAAAUACAACAGAGGUGAUGGUUCCCUACGACAUGACCGUUCCUAUAGAGUCUCUCAUGAUGACUGGGAGGAAGAAAGACAUUUUAGGAAACAUAAUUAUGGCAGUCGUGACUCCAGUCUUGACUCAGUGGUUGAAUAUGGCCACGGUCAUUCUUCUCGAGAGUCAAGUUCUAGAUAUGACCGGAAGGACUAUGAACGUGAACGAUUAAGAGGAAAUGAUGACUUUUCCAGAGAGGAAAUGCAUCUCUCUGAGUCUUCGCAUAAUUUUAAUAAAUUUGAUUCUGAUUAUGGAAGAUCUGCUCGUCUUCCUUCUCCUCGUACGCAUGAAAGGUCUCUCUUUGAGAGAAAACGAGGAUCUCCUUCGUUGAACAACAUAAAUGAUUACCAUGGUUUUUUGCCAGCAGUCUUCCCAUACUUGUGUUCGCUGUGUGAUCUAACCAUUCAUUCUGUACAGGAUUGGAACCAGCACAACAAUAGUUCAACUCACAGACGCCUUUGUGACCUCCUUGUGGAAAUAUACCCAGAAUGGAACCCAGAUGUCUUCCCAUCUCAAAUGGGCGAUCCACUUGUUCUACAGUCAACAAAUCUGGCCCCUGGUAUUCUGGGGCCCCCGCCAUCUGGCUCUUUUCUCACAUCAAACCGAGGACUCGGAGGAAUGGAAUCGCAUGGCGCAUCAAAUAGGAAAGGUCCCAUGGAUAACAAGCAAGGGAACAAUAUUCAGAGGAUAAAGAAGCCACUCAGAAUGAAUGUAAAUGAAGAUCCUGGGCGAGUGGUUCACAUUAGUGAGUUGCAGCGAGGUAGAUGUAUGAAUCGUGACUUAAUCAAACUGGCUGAACCAUUUGGAAAAGUUACUAACUUUUUGCUUAUAAAGUCAAAGGGUGAGGGAUUUGUGGAGUUGGCCUACCCUGAAGCAGCUCAAGCCAUGGUGAAGUUUUACCAGAUGAAACCUACUUUUGUGGAUGGCAAUUUUAUUAGAGCAGAACUGUCUCAAAAAUAUAAAAAGUUGACCAUAAAGGGCAAAGAAAGUGAAGACCGCUGCCGAGUGGUCCACAUCAGUAACCUGCCCUCUGUUGGUUACUCUGAUUCAGAUAUUGUGCGCCUUGGUACACCCUUUGGCAAAGUGACUAACUACCUACUGAUGAGAGUUAAAAAUCAGGUUUUCCUAGAAAUGGAAACACAUCAUAUAGCGAUGACCAUGAUUGAGAAGUUCAAGAAAAUCCCUCUGAUGUUCCAUGGCAGAGAACUGAAAGUGUACUUGUCUCAAAAAUAUAAGAAUCUAGUGCUGAGAAAACAAGGUAGGGGUGUAGACGAACUGCUCGGAAUCAAAGAGCGAGAAAACAGGAAAAGGGGUCGUUCUCACAGUCCUCCUUCCAAAAGAGCACGGUCCCCCACCAAUAAGAGAAAAGCUCAGGAAACAUUGGACACUUCAAAGGAAUCCGAUCAAGACAGUGCACAGAUGGGUUCGCCUUCGGGUGAAGAGGAAACGGAUCAAAAAGAGAUGGACGGAGUGAAUGUGGAAAAUAUAAAAUCAACAAGUGGUCCUUCCACGGGCACUGAGAACUGUGAGGAGCUGGAUGGGUCAGUGGAUUUACCGACUUACCACGAGUCAAUGAACAUCGAGUCUGAUCUUAGUGGUAAAGAGGGUGAUAAGGAGGUGGAAUCGGAAAGAGAAAUAGAAAUUGGGCACUUCAAUGAUGGUGAAGUUAAUGAUGCAGAACCAAGCUCUCAGAAUACAAAACCAUUAAAUGAAAAGAAAUCAGGAGGCAUACAUUGUCCAGAAUAUACGGAGGAAUUAUUGACUCAAGAUGAGAUAGAUGAUGAAAAUUCUGUUCUUUCUAAGAAAAUAAGAUCUAUGCAAGGAGACAAAGUUGAUGCUAAUUUGGUCAAAGAAGACCAAGAUGUCAAAACUCAAAGUUGCGAUACAAGAUGCACCCUGGAUGAAAAAGCUGAACCUGAUAUUCAAAGUGGCGAUGGAUUAAUGAAAAGCAGUCCCAAAUGUGUUGAACUGACAACUGAACAGAUCCAGGUGCUACCUCCUCUACCUGAUGAAUACAAGCUUGGGCCAUAUAAACCCAACAAUCCUGUAGGAUUAGAUUAUGUUGUUCCAAAAACAGGCUUCUACUGCAAACUCUGUUGUCUCUUCUACACAAGAGAGGAGACAGCGAAGCAGACUCAUUGUGGCACCAUUGAACAUUACCAGAGACUUAAGGAAGUGCUGGAUAAACAAGCUGUGGGGUACUGGAAAGAGAAGCAGCAGCAAGUCAUUCCGAGUGACUGAACAAGCGCCUACAACCACAGCCCAGUGAGAAGCAUCUUUUCAGUAUUACUGAAGAUAUUAACCCUGGGGACAUGACCUUUUAAUAAUUUGGAACUGGAACAUUUUACAAGAGUCUUGUGUUCCAAUGUUCAAAAACUUAGGGCUGCAAAACAUUUUGAAACAUUAACAAUAUGUCAUAACUUUUCAUAUUCAUUGUUGUUGUUGGUGUUGAAGCCAUUAAUUGUAUCCCCACUUGUAGCGGGCUAUCUAAUCUGACAUUCAGUUACCAGUGGCUCAUCCUGAUCUUUCAUUAAAACCCCAAACAUUUACUCUGUUCUGUUUCUCAUCGUACCUAUAUUUUCAAACUUCAGUAGUGGAAAUAUGGUUCAAAAUCUUUUUAAAGUGUGGACAUUGCAUUGUCACAAAAAUAGCCCAUUGCAUCAAAAGCUUGUAGCAUGCAAUAUUGAUUCUGUUUAAACAUCUGAAAUUUGUUGGUGAAAGAUGAACUUUUAACACUCAUCGCUGGCCAUGUUUUUUCAGAUUAAUUGAUAACAUUGUAACUGAUAGUGAUGGAGUGAAUAUUCUUCUGAAAGUAAUCCAUUUUAAGAAAUGAAAUGGUAAUAAAUGUAAGGUUAAAAGAAAAUUGAUCACAUCCAUCAGUGUUCCUUGCUAGUUAAAAUUACAGUUGUAGUUCUGUUAUGUUUACAACCAUAAAUGGGGAUUUUGUAAUCUGGGUUUGUAAUACAUUGGACCAACACUAAUAUCCAUCCAUCUCAAACCAAACUAAGUACACUUUUUUUAGGAUUCCUUGAGUGUGUGGAAAAAUGUACCACAUGGUCUACUCUCUUAAAAUACUCCUUUAUUUAUACAUUUAUUCAGUCUUAUAUAAAUAGGAAAUAUUGUCACCUGUAAACAAAGUGUCAGUGUGUAAAUGUACAAAGUGCAUUUGAAUUUGAUCUCGCCAUCUUCCCAACAUAAAUUACCAUAAAGUGUUGUGUAAAUCUAUUUCUCUCCCCAAAAGAUUAGUUAUUCCAUGAAAGCAAUCAACUAGUUUAGUUUUGUAAGCAUUUUGAAAAACCAUAUUCCAUUCUUGUUGUGAUAUUACAAAUUAAACAAAGAAAUUGCAGAUAUCACUUGUAUGAUUUUGUUUGUACCAGAAAAUGUACAACUCUUACUGACUGACCACUGUCACAUGCAGUGUCAUUAGGACCAAGUGUUUAGUUAAUGUUAUGGUUAGAUGUUAUGGAAAUAACUAUGGUUGUUAAGAUUUUAAUUGCAGAAAUAGUUUCUUUUUAAUAUUACUGUUGUUGUAUUAAUUUUAAAUUGUAACUUGAGGCACUGUAGUCCCUGUCAACUUGUCAAGUCCUAAAUUGACAAAAGGAAGGUUUAACAAAUCUGAAUGACCAACCAACUGAUUCUCAAUGCAAGAAUAAAAAAAUGUAUCUUGAAAGUU